AGAUCACUACCCGGAAAUUAAACUGUCGCAACGCGGAAGUUUCUGAAGCAAAACAACAAUUGUCGUUUGCGAAGCUUGUCUGUGAGGAAAUCCUAAUAAACGUCGUUCGUCGUCUGGAUUUUUGUGCCGGUUCGGACGGGAGCGGAUCAAGAUGGAAUUCCUGUUCGGGAAGAGAAAGACUCCGGAGGAGAUGCUGAAGCAGAACCAGAGGGCACUCAACCGGGCCAUGAGGGAGCUGGACAGAGAGCGAAUUAAACUGGAGCAGCAGGAGAAGAAGAUCAUCGCCGACAUCAAGAAAAUGGCCAAACAGGGACAAAUGGACGCCGUCAAGAUUAUGGCCAAGGACUUGGUCCGCACGAGACGCUACGUGAAGAAGUUCAUCAUGAUGAAGGCCAACAUUCAGGCCGUCAGUCUGAAGAUUCAGACCCUGAAGUCCAACAACAGCAUGGCGCAGGCCAUGAAGGGCGUCACCAAAGCCAUGGCCACCAUGAACAGACAGCUCAAACUGCCUCAGAUCCAGAAGAUCAUGAUGGAGUUUGAACGUCAGAGUGAGAUCAUGGACAUGAAGGAGGAGAUGAUGAACGAUGCCAUCGACGAUGCCAUGGGGGAUGAAGAUGACGAGGAGGAGAGUGACGCCAUUGUUUCCCAAGUCCUGGAUGAGCUUGGUCUUAAUCUCAGUGACGAACUCUCAAAUCUCCCGUCUACUGGUGCAGCCUUGUCGGUGGCUGCCAGGAAGAAAGCGGAGCCUCAACCCACGCUGGCCGACGCCGAUGCCGACCUGGAGGAACGGCUCAAUAACCUCCGGAAAGACUGAACGGAACCGCACUGACUUUUCCUCUGGCGUUAUUCUUUUGAAGGAACGUUGCCUGUAAUGGCUUUUUCUUUCUACUGUGUUUAAUUUGAUGUGGGUAUAUAAUCAAAAUUACAAAAUAUUAUCCUUGAUAGGACUGGAGAGGUCCUGUCUCCAUUACGACAAUACCAAAAGACACAAAUCCCCUGACAAUGUGUCCAUAAUUGUAUUUUGUUACAUUUUAAAUUAACACUAAAGACUAAUAACCCAUGUGAGUUAUAGAAGAGCAUUUUUUUUAUAUAUGAUGUGAUCACUCCACAGCAGACAACAGGAAAGCUGUUAAAUUUGUAGCUAAACAUGCUGUAUACAGGUUCACUAAUAGGGUGACUUAUUACACUAAAACAACAAAAGUACAUCGUGCUGUCUCUGCUUGGUGUACUGAUUUCAGCAAAGUUUCGCACCAAAAACGUGUCUGUAGUUUUACACGUAGCGAUCGAGUGGUAUUCAUGUUAUUGUUGAAUAAUAAAGUUUUUUUUUCCACA